AUGGCCGAUUGGAUAUGGCGUCCCAAAGUUGACGAGUCGAAUGGAAUUCCGGGAAAUGAGCCAAAUGUCGACGAUUAUCGUGUGUUUCCCUGUGUGAGAUUCCAAGCCGACUACGCGAAUUCGCCUUGUUGUCGUCUCAAUGCCUAUACUCUCUUUAAAUGUGUCUCGACUCUAUUGGCCGCCUUCUGGGUGCUGUCGUCGAUCGGGAUCGUAAUCACAAUGAUUUCAACCGGGCACUCAGCCAAAAAGAUCAUGAAAGACUCACCUCUCUUCGCCAUAGAACAGGCACUUUGUCUUGGGGUGGCGAUCGUCUCAUUUGCUGCCAUCUUCACAAAAAAACCCGCGUACGCCCAGAUGCUCUUUCCGGCCUAUAUUGUGUUGGAUCUUUGCUUGAUUGGUGGCCAAAUCUACUCGAUUGUCGAAGUUGUGCAGCAUGAAAACUUCAAACGCAACAACGUCGUGGAGAGUGGAUUGUUUGCCUGCAUUCUCGGCUUGGUGCUAAUCGUGGUGAUGGCUAUUUGGACUUUCGCUAUUCUCUACGUCUUCUACACUUAUCUGCGAGACAAACACCUGCAUUGGGAGCGAACGCAUCCCGAAGAGGCGGCCGCCCGACUGCUGGAAGCACAAAGGUCUCGGAUUCGAGUGUGCGGAGUUCGUGUGAAG